UUCAAGCCGCUGACCACAAUCAAAGAUGGCGGUGUAACAGCACGGAUUACAGUGUGAAACAAAUCAAAAUGAGCCUUCUUCGGCGGCUGUUGGCUUUACCGUCGCCUUUGGCUUUUCAGAGAACUAUAUCCGCAUAUAGAGCCAAUUCGGCAUCCAGCUCUGUAGUUAGGAUUCCAAGAAGAUUUUUACAGCUCUACUGCAAGAAACUUAGUGCAGUAGUGGAUCUGACAGCUGACUCCUGGUCAAAUGGUAGAAAAUACGUCAGUGGUUUUGAAGAUAUCGAGGAACUUCACAAUGCUCCUGAAGAAGUCAAAAGAGUGUUCAGUCUUCAAAAUGCAAGCCAGGUAGAGCACCGAAAAGUUGCACUUGAAAAAGUCAAAGAACAAUACAAUGACGAGGAAGAACGAUACAUUGCAGAAUUGUGUGUCAAAAUCGAAGCAGUGAGGAAGAACAAUGAGGAUGGAAAGAGGGGAGCCAAGAACAAACACAGCAAAGUAUUUCUUCACUGGCUGAUUUGCAAGAGGAGGAAGAGACUGCAGCAUCUCAAAGACACUCGCUUUGAGCGUUACCUAGAACUUUUGAAAGAAUUGGACCUUGAACCACUAGAUCAUCCACAGUCAGCGAAGAAUAAGUACAAGAUGAGGAGAAGGACAACAAGACAGUAAUAAAAAUAAACUCUGCUUAAAAUG